GAUAAGCUCCCUCCCCAAGCGAGACGAGCGAACACCUUUUUGUCCUUUCUCAGCCUGCCAUCGAUCAAUUCGUUAACCGGUGGCUCGUUUUCGCCGUCCCUUGAGCAGGGUUCCAGCCUCAGGCCCGCCACAGCCACCGCCCCCUCCCGCUCCCAAACGCGAAGGCCGGCGCCGCUGGGCCGGCGGUAUCCGCCGCGCGCAGGGUACCAUGGCACGGGCCGCCGCCCUGCGGGGCCUGGCCGGCAUUGCGGCGGCGGGCGGACGCCGCGCGCGCGCCUGCGGCCAGCGGUGGGACGCCGGCUGGCGUGGGUUCCGCGCGGGGCCCUCCGGGGGCAGGGCGGCGGCGGCGGGGCACCGCGGCUCCUCGCCUUCCCGUUCCUCAGCGGCCUUGGCGGCGCGGCAGGCGGGGUCGCUGCGCGGCGCGGCGGCUGCAGCGGGGCGCAAGGGCUGGGUCAGCGGCGGAUUCGAGAGUGAGGAUGGUAAGGUGACCUGUGGAUAUUCAAGCUAUAUAGGGCGGAGACCUACUAUGGAGGACUGCUAUGCCGUUAAAUUAACUAAAGUUGAUGGACAGCCAGUUAACCUGUUUGGUGUAUUUGAUGGUCAUGGAGGAAACCUUGCUGCUGAAUAUCUGAAGGAUAAUCUUUUCAAUAACCUUAUGAAGCAACCUGAGUUCCUGACAGACACAAAGCUUGCAAUAAGCAAAGCAUUCCUUGAAACUGAUGGGGAUAUCUUAGAAACAAUAUCUAGUUCAUUUAGAGAUGAUGGUUCAACAGCUUUGGCUGCGGUUCUGAUCGGCAAGUGUCUAUAUGUAGCAAAUGUUGGUGAUUCACGUGCUGUUGCUUCAAAAGCUGGCAAAGGUAAAGUGGCGGCAAGAAAGAAAAGACCAAAACCUGUCCCACUGUCUAAAGAUCACAAACCAAACAGGAAAGAUGAACGAAAGCGAAUUGAGGAUGCUGGAGGUGUUGUUAUAUGGGAUGAUACAUGGAGGGUUGGUGGCAUUCUGGCAAUGUCCCGUGCAUUUGGCAAUCGUAUGUUGAAGGAAUAUGUGAUAGCCGAACCUGACAUUCAGGAAGAAGAGGUCAACAGUGAUUUGGAAUAUCUAAUUCUUGCUACCGAUGGUCUUUGGGAUGUUGUGCGAAAUGAGGAUGCUGUUGCUCUUCUGAAAGCGGAAGAUGGAGCUCAGGCUGCGGCUGUGAAGCUGACGGAAAUCGCCUACUCCAGGCAGAGCGCAGACAACAUCACAUGUGUCAUCGUGCAAUUUCACCAUAACAAGUAGUCGGUUUAGACAGUUUUUAGUAUCAUGUUAGUACAAUUUUGUAUGGCGUCAUCCCAAAAAAUCCAUAAACCACAGUUGCUUUUGCGUAAUAUAUGCGGCUGCUACAAGACAUGAGCAACCCUGAAAGAGAUUCGUGGAUUCAUUCUUUUGUUCUGUAGGAAAGAAAACAUCCCAAACGAUGAGCUCGAAUGAAAUUUCUUCAGUUA